UUUUCAUAGCAUGAGCUUGAUUAGGCUACUCAGUGAGAAAGGACCCCUUCUUAGCCCACUCUUCAAGCGCUGCGCUCUGAUAAUGACAGCCCUAGGCAAAACUGACAGCCCUAGACAAAACGGUUGUUAUGGACGGAGGUCGAGAGAGGAGUUAGUUAGUGAUUGUUAGUCUUUCCUGGUGCAGCAUGUUGCACGGGGGUCUCUCGCUUUAUCAGUCCUCAGGAUGGGCAGUUGGAGGGAUUGAGGACGCUGCGCCGCCAACAACAAUAAUUCACUCGUUUUUGGAGAGACCAAACGACUAGCAGAGAGCUUGGCGUCGAUAAUUUAGGCUAAUUUCAGGAGGAGUUUGCCUUUAUUGCAUGUGAAGUUCUAUGCUGGAAUGUCAUUUUUAAUACAGAGAGUUUUCUUGUGUUUGGAGCGUUUUCGUGUUUGAAGAACCUGCAGAGCUACUUUUGGAACAAAUUACGCAUACGAAGAGGAUGGUGUUUUACAUGUAGAGUGAAAGUUUUACUCUGCGCGCUGUUGGGUCAUUAUUGUAUUACAUUUUUGUAGUUUUUUUCUGCUUUGGAAACUAUAUUCAAGAAUAAAACAGUUUUAAAGUUCUGGACUGCAGGGGAAAUGGCCAGCGAACUGAAACCACGGCUUUGUAUCAUGACAAAGAGUGAGAACGGGUACGGGUUUCACCUGCACGGUGAGAAGGGGAAGACCGGCCAGUACAUUCGCAAAGUAGAGCCCGCAUCGUCAGCGGAAGCGUCGGGGCUGCGCGCGGGGGAUCGUGUCAUUGAGGUGAACGGGGGAAAUGUGGAGAAAGAUACGCACCAUCAAGUGAGUAUAGCACAUCACGAACUGUCCAACUCCAUCCGAUUUUUUCUGUCAGUGGACUACAUCGACAUGUUUAAUAUCUUAUGAGCCUAGUGUUUCGGUAAUGAUAUUGUCAUGGAAAUGACAGACAGACAGAGGAGGAAGAGAGAGGAGGACACGGAGGGGUCAACAGAGCUACUGUAUCAUGCAUUGGCAUUCAAAAAGUUCAAAACGUUGAAGGAGCACUUGACAUUUGAUUUGAUACUUGAAUGUAUUCACUGCACCCUUAAUAUGGUUUUAUAAGCUAAUUAUGCCUAUAUAAAAUAAUCAUAGUAUACAACAAUGGACAAUACCAAAAUAGACCAUUACUUUAGCUCCCCUAAAAACAACUCAGCAUUUCCCCAUGCAGUGGCAUAAUAUAAAUCAUAACUAAACUCCUAACAACUUUUCCAGGUUAAAAUAUCCACUUUUUUAUGACUAGCCUACUUAGCACAUUGAAACCAUGUAAAGACACAGUGAGUGGUUAACAUCGCACUCUAACCAAGUUGUUUAGUCUAUAAUGUUCUAUGGUCUCUGAGAAUAAGCAGACAGUCUAGACAGCCUUUCAGAAGUUACUGGAAGACAUCACACAUCUCCCUAUCAUCAGCUGCUGAGAGUGCCUGGUCACACACACACACACACACACACACUCACACUGCUGUGUUGAUAGUGAUCUGAGUUCUUAGUGAAUGGCUGUGUUGUAUCUCUGAUGGGCAAUGUCAGCCUGAAGAUGAGACAAACACACAUAAAGCAGACAUAGCAUGCAUGAGAUUGAAGUGCAGCCAAUCUAUUCCAGUGAGGUAGAACGUCUGAAAUGGCUGUCAUCAUGUUAGUUGCAUGUCAGUGUGUGUCACCUCUGACAUUGUGACCCAGGAUGAGCCAUAUAGGAAGCCCUGCACUGUAAGUGUGUAACACUUUGGUUCGGUGAGCCACACUCGCAUGAUGAGGAACCUUGCCUGAGACCUUGUCUGAUACAUUUACAUUUUAGUCAUUUAGCAGACGCUCUUAUCAUAUAUUUUUCAUACCUUUAGUUAAGACCUAAUACUUAUAGACUUUAGCUCAGUGGACUAACACAGUCUUGUGGCGCCCAUGCAGGAGACCUGGGAUCAAAAUCCGGUUAGUCACGUGUACUCCACUGGGUCUUGCAAUCUGGACCUCAUAACCAACUGUCUAUAAAUCACCAGAGUUCCAGACGUCCUCGUUGUGUUUACAUCCCAAACCCCGCCUUCCUUCCUCCCUUACCCCAUGCCACUCAGCAGUAAGUAAUGAACGGCAGAGACAGACGUCUAAUGGGACGUCUGGGACAAGGGAGUCCCACUUUAGACACUACAAUAAAGAGGCUGACUUGAUGUAGGGCCCAGAUACUGUAGAGAGUGUUGGUGUUUCUGUCUCAUAUCACAUCCUAUUCCCUGUAGUGCAAUACUUCAUUGUUAUGUCAAUAAUCAUGUUAUUACUCUCAUUCUCUUUCAUCUUUCUCUCCCUGUCUUACCCUUUCAUCCUCUCCUCUAUUCAAUUAAAUUCUAAGGGCUUUAUUGGCAUGGGAAACAUAUGUUUACAUUGCCAAAGCAAGUGAAAUAGAUAAUAAACAAAAGUGAAUUAAACAAUAAAAAAUGAACAGUAAACAUUACACUCACAAGUUUCAAAGGAAUAGACACAUUUCAAAUGUCAUAUUAUGGCUAUGUACAGUGUUAUAAUGAUGUGCGAUAAUGAUCUCCCCCUCCCCCCAGGUGGUACAGAGGAUCAAGGCGGUGGAGCAGGAGACCAGGCUGCUGGUGGUGGACCGGGAGACAGACGAGUACCUCCGCAGCCUGCGCCUCGUCUGCACCGAGGAGAUGGCUGUCCGCCUGGGGGGACCCACCUCUGUGUCCCCCGCCUCACCCCUAGCCUCACCGCCUCCCUCCUCGCCCCCGGCCUCCUUGCCCGCCGCCAAGAGAGAGAACGGGUCCGUGUCCAAGCUGCCCGCCACCCUGACUAGAGAGGUGCCCAAGCCCACGCGAAGGUCUCCGUCGCGGGCCGCCAAGAAGGUGCGUACCCCCUCGGUUGAGACUCAAUGGUUUUUACACUGUAGGGGUGUUGUGGUGGUGGGUUAG